CACCGGGUCCUGGAUGGAGAUUCCCCACCAGCCCCCGGCGAUUGCCAAGUAACACUGACAGGGGAGAGACCUGUGUGUAGAGAACACAGCACAGGAGAGAAAUACACAGCAGCAUGUUUCCCUAGUAAAACACACACAGCACAUUAUGUAAAACAGCACACAGUUAACACUUUGAUCGCCACAGAUGUUAACCCCUUCCUGCUCAGUGUCAUUAGUACAGUGUCAGUGCUUUUUAUUAGCACUGAUCACUGUAUUAGUGUCAUUGGGGAUGUCAGUGGCCGUUAGUUAGUUCCCAGACAAUGUCAGAAUGCCCACCACAGUGCC